ACACUUGCCGGGAUUGUGGGUUGAAAAUAUUGGCAGCAUUACGCGGAUGGGAGAGCAGAGAAAUAAUUGACAAUAUAAUACAUAUUCGUAUGCCUCCGACAAAGUAUAGCUGGUUUUGUAUCGCAUUGUCCUCCGUAACACUAUCAAUGAUAACGUUUUGUGUAGUAAGUGUCGUUUAAAGAUUUGCAGUCGCUGACAGCUGUUCUAACUGCAGAGGAGAAAUGGAGCACAUCCGGACGCCGAAGGUGGAGCAGGUGCGGCUGGUGGAUCGCUUCAGCAACAAAACAACAAAUGGCACAUUGUACCUCACAGCUACACAUCUAAUCUUUGUGGAAAGCAGCUCCAACAACUCCACCUCAGCUGCACAGGAGAUCUGGAUUUUGCAUCAUCAUAUAGCCUCUGUGGAAAAGCUCUCCUUGACCACCACAGGCUGUCCUCUGGUCAUCCAGUGUCGGAACUUCCGGGUGGUGAACUUUGUGGUGCAGAGAGAAAGAGACUGUCACGACGUCUACAGCUCGCUCCUGCGUCUUCUACGGCCAGUUUCUUAUGAGGAGCUCUACGCUUUCUCCUACAACCCCAAACAGAAUGACCAGCAGAGGGAAGAAGGGUGGCAGCUCAUUGACCUGGGGGCAGAGUUUGAGAGGAUGGGUGUCCCCUGUGACCAGUGGCAGCUCACUGAUGUCAACAGAGACUAUAAAGUGUGUGAGACAUAUCCACGGGACCUGUAUGUUCCCAUUACAGCCAGUAAACCUAUCAUUGUGGGAAGUUCUAAGUUCAGAAGCAAAGGACGCUUCCCUGUACUGACUUACUUUUAUCAGGAGAAAAAGGCGGCAGUGUGUCGAUGCAGUCAGCCUCUCUCUGGUUUCAGUGCCCGAUGCUUGGAAGAUGAAAGCAUGCUGCAGGCCAUCAGCAAAGCCAAUCACAACAGCCGUUUUGUUUAUGUCAUGGAUACAAGGCCAAAGUUGAACGCACUUGCAAACCGAGCAGCGGGUAAAGGCUAUGAGAAUGAAGACAACUACUCCAACAUCCGCUUCCAGUUUGUUGGUAUUGAAAACAUCCACGUGAUGAGAGGCAGCCUGCAGAAACUGUUAGAAGUGACAGGAUCCCGCUCUCUCUCCAUGAGUGAUUACCUGGUUGGUCUGGAGAGCAGCGGCUGGCUUCGGCAUAUAAAGGCUAUUGUCGAUGCAGCUGUGUUUCUCACAAAGGCGGUGACCGCGGAAGGAGCAAGUGUCUUGGUUCAUUGUUCAGAUGGAUGGGACCGAACAGCUCAAGUCUGCUCUCUGGGGUCGUUGCUCAUGGAUCCGUACUAUCGUACCAUCAAGGGUUUCAUGGUACUGAUUGAGAAAGACUGGAUCUCUUUCGGUCACAAGUUUGCAGACAGGUGUGACCAGCUGGAUGGCGAUCCAAAGGAGGUGUCGCCGAUUUUCACCCAGUUUCUGGAAGCAGUUUGGCAAUUGACCGAACAGUUCCCACAGGCGUUCGAGUUUAGCGAGUGGUUCCUGCUGCAAAUCCACGAACACGUGCACUCCUGCCAGUACGGAAACUUUCUUGGAAACAACCAGAGACAAAGGGAGGAGCUGCAGCUCAGAGAGCGGACACACUCCCUAUGGGCAUUUCUGAUGGGCGAAAAACAGAAUUAUUUGAAUCCAUUCUACAGCCCCGCAUACAGUGAAUCAAACCCGGUCUUAGAGCCUUCAACUCUGCCGUACCAUUUCAAGUUUUGGCGGAACAUGUAUCACCAGUUUGACCGCUCCAUGCACCCACGUCAGUCUAUCCUUAAAACCAUUCUUACUCUGAGAGAAAACACCCGCAAAGCAGAGAGUACUCUGCAGGCACUGGAGAGCAAGCUGCAACAGCUGGGUGAAACCCCGGUGGUCAAUUCAGAGAUAACCGCACCUCCCCCCACCAGAGAUCAGCACUCAAACUCACUCCCACCACGUCCCAGCUCCCUCAUCCUGGGGGCUCCCAUUAACCAGAAAGAAGUGCAGAGGCAGGUGGAGGAAGAGGAGGAGGACGAGCAGGAGGAGGUGGGCGAGGAAGCUUUGGAGAGCUCCGAUACCAACACAGAGCGGACAGUAGAGGGCAGCAGUGGCACUGAGAGCAGGAAGCAAAGCUAUGGAGAGCUGGAUGGGACAUUCAACAGUGACCUGGCCAAAGAAGAGCCAGCUGUGGUCAGUCUAGAGUUUGGAGUGGCCCGCAUGACCUGCUGAGACCUGACAGCACAGCUGUCUGACACCGAGGGACUGAUGUGGCUCAGAACGAAGACAAAAUGAAAGUGUGCGCAUGUCCUGGUUCCCUGGUGUCCUGAAUGGAAUCAUAAGAUGAAUAUACAGUGAAUCUGAAUGGACUGAAUUAAUGAAGUUAAGUCUCUUUAGACUAAAUCUCUAUGGAAUCCUCAUUAUAAUGUCACAUAUUGCACUUAUAGGAAAAGGCCUGUUUGUUUUUUAAUGUUUAAAAGAACUGUAGAAAGGAACUGGAAGGAAAAGGAGAAUAAAUUAAUCCUAAAAAUAAGA